UGAAAAUGUUUAAUGGGUAUAGCGGUAGAAACUAAAAUGACAGACAAAUGUCUAAAAAAACUAUUUGACUUUGUUUGUUAAAAAGGAGUAUCUCACCAGGCUCGCUUCUUGGAAAUAUUUUUCGAAAUAUGAAUCGUUUGUCCAAGAAAUGAUUGUACUCUAAUUAGUUAAUUAGUUUGGAAUCCUGAAUGUGAAUAAUUUUAUUAACACCCGCCUGUUGUUAUCAGGGCUAACGCUAGAUCUAUGGGGAUUAACUAGAUGUUCAUGAAGUGCAUAGAUUUGUCCCUAUAUUUAUUUUGUCCUCGUCUUUCAAUACACCCUGCAGCGUUUUACCUUUUCCUGUGUUUAGCCUGGAACGUGCGCUAUUUGUGAUAAAAUUUUUUAAUUAACCAAUGAAUUUUAAUCAAUGCCCAUUGAAUGUCUCCUGGAAGAUUUCAACCAAUCAACGUGGCUGUAUUUUGCACGUGACCAAUCCACGCGGCUUUUAUGAAAUCAUUUUGGUAUUCGUGAUUUUUAAAGAGCUGGUCAGCCAUUUUCAACUGAACUUCAUGGGGAAACGCCAAAGUAAAACAAAAAAAACCUUAGCUGUUUCUGAUCAGCAAGCCACGGAAACGAUUAUUAAUCAAGAUAAAAUGGAAGCAGCUUUGCCGGUGGAAAAAGAAGCAACAUCGCACAAUGACGGUGAUAUUGUCCACACACAGAAUGACGAUGAAAAAAUUCAGGAAUUAGUGACGAACGCGAAAGAAGUGAAAGAUGGUGUGGCAUAUGAAGUAGUCAUAAAACCUGCCCUUGAGCCAGAAAAGAAACCAAAUAUUGAGUCGCCCGCGAAAGAAAUCUCCAAGGAAAUUGUCGAGAAGAAACUAGGCGAUGCUGCUCAUAGAAGACAGAUCCUCGUGAGCGAGAGACGACAUAGAAUCACAACGGAAAUCGAACACGUGAAGCAAGUGCAUCACGUUCGCAGCGAGAUAGUGGAGCAAAAGACGAAGCUGGUCGCCGUAAAACUGGAGGAGAAACGAAAGACGGUUGAAGCAAAGCAAGAAGCGGCCAGAUUAGAGCUGGAGAAACAACGACAAGCGAAGCAAGAACGUUUUAAAGAUGUGUUACAACAUGCUCACGAGAAAGAAGAGAAGCUUGUCAAGUCCACAGAGGAGAAAAUCACGGUGAAGACGGAAGUUUCCAGCGAGAAACGUGAAGCGAUAAUCAAGGGGAUAAAAGAACAGCAAAAAGCGAGGUUUAAGAAGAUUGAAAUUGCGAAAAAUAUUCGCGAGGAAAUACAGCAGAAUCGUUCGAAAGAUCUCGAAGAAAAAACACAGCAGAAAUUUUUAACGGCCAAGGAGCUUCUGGAAAAUCAAGAAAAGGCUCGCCAGGAAAAAUUCGAAGCGGAGGAGGAGAGACUGAGGCGAGCGAAGCACGUCAGCGAGGAGAAUAUCGAGAACGAGAUUCGCAAGAAAGCCGAGAAAUCUCAACAGAAAAUGGAGAAAUACAAAGAAAAUCACGAGGCACAGCUGGAAGCACGGCUAGAGAAGCUCAGAGCAAAAGAGCAACACAGGGAAGAGGUUCGUCUCAAGAAAUCUGAGAGGAAAACACUAGGAACCCCACAAGGAUGAUGUCGUGAAUAUGUUGUCACCCGAGAGGCGCAUAUAGUUCAGGAUAACAUAGUCUAAGUUUAGCUUAUAUUUAUUUAACUCAUAGU